AUGAGACUGUCUCAAACCAUAGUCCAUUGGAAAAGGCUCGCCACUGCGAGAAGUAGAACCUUGUCUCUGCUGGCCCACGACACAUCAUCAUCAUCAUCACCACCAUCACGACAUCAGCAUCACCGUUUUUCGAGUAGCUGGAGUGGUCGAGGACACGACAUGCUCGGGGAAGCCCUCAUGGCGGGUGGUGGUGGUGGAAAACCCAAAGUGGUACUAGAAGCCAUGGCACCGUCGGGAUUUGAUGUUUCCAAUAUACUCAAAAAAAUUGAUCCCAAUGAAGUCGCCCCCCAUGGAGCCAUUCACAUGAUGGGAAGUAUCCUCGUAUUUCCCAAUUCGUGUUUUUUGUGGCGCGUCGAAACCCCCGCUGAUAUCACCACCGCCACGUUGGCACCGGUGGCGUUGCAUCGACCCAAAAUUGAAUUUCUAUUCUUGGGAACCGCCCAUUCCAUGGAGCGGACGCAACUAACGACACUGCAAGAACAAAUGAAACUAAAAUAUGGAAUUGUAGUAGAGUGGUUGCCAUUGUCUGAAGCCAUGGCCACAUUCAACAUUCUGAAUGGAGAGGACCGCAUGGUGGCGACGGCGCUGGUACUGGACAGGGAUGAAUCCAGUUAUGAUGCUAUCCAACAAGAUGACUUUUAA